AAAAAAAAAAAAAAAAAAAAAAAAAAAAAAAAGUAAAAAAACAAGAAAAAACUUCAGAAAUUCUUUGCAAAUUGUUAUUCAUCUUCAACAAACACAAAGACUUGCAAGAUUGGAGCCUCUACAAACACUUAGCAUAUCCACCAAAAUAAACACAACACAAUGGGUGGUAUCUCUUUCAAGGACCAACUUUUGGUCUUCUUGGCUGUCUCGACCUUGGCCUUGGUUUGCUCGAAACCGUUGAGCCCAUGGGAGAUCCACAUCAAGAAUGGAUUGAGCGAUGGGCAAGCAUUGUUCGUACACUGCAAGUCGAAAGACUCUGAUUUGGGCGAGCGGACCCUUAGCACUGGGGCCGAGUUCAAGUGGAACUUCAAAGUGAACAUUUGGGAUACGACAUUGUUCUGGUGUUACUUACGCAAGCCAAAGGGAGAUCAAGUAAGGUUCGAGGCUUUCUGGGUUGAGAAGAAGACCCGAUGGUUGCGUGUCAAAUGUGAUGGUAAUAUUUGCAAUUGGAUUGCUGAAGACACUGGAAUUUACCUCAAAGAUAAUAGUACAAAUGAGGAUGAGCGUAUUCAUUAUUGGAAAUUUCGAGAAACUAAGUAGAACAUAUGAUGUUCAUUUCAUUUCUUAUGUGCUGAAAGAAAGUUUGUACUUGUAACGACUCAACUCUUUAUACUAUGUUGAGGUCAUUACCAGUAAAAUAAAUAA